AGUAGAGGGAAUGGACCCCCUUCAACUGAUGGAAUGGUUUCUUUAAAAGUUGACAAUUUAACUUAUCGAACAAGACCUGAUGAUCUAAAAAGAGCUUUUGAAAAAUACGGUGAUGUUGGUGAUAUUUACAUUCCUCGUGAUCGAAUUACCAAAGAGAGUAGAGGAUUUGCAUUUGUAAGAUUUUUUGAUAAACGAGAUGCAGAAGAUGCAAUGGACUCCAUGGAUGGAGCAAUGAUGGAUGGUCGAGAUUUGCGGGUACAAAUGGCUAGAUAUGGUAGACCAACAAAUCAGAGGGGUCAUGAUAGUAGAAGAAGGGGUGAUAGAUAUUCCAGAAGACGAAGAUCUUACAGUCGAUCACGCUCACGAAGCCGAUCCAGGAGUCGAAGCAAGUCCAGGUCCAGAAGUCCUAGUAAAUCUAGAAGUAGAUCACCAUCUAAAUCACCUGCUAGAUCUAGGUCAGAAUCC